AGAAGGAAGGGAAGAAGCGACCGGACAGUUGUUGUUUUUCAAAGUUUUUCCUUCAACAAACAUUUUUCCCCAAUUUCUUCAAUUGGCAUAAGGGACUCAGAAUCCGGACAAAGAAUCGCCUCCUCAUCUUUCUCAUUCUGUUCUUCAUUCAGCAUCUUUACAACAAUUCAACCAUGCCGAAAAAAAAGGGAAAAGCGAGUGAGAAACAAGAAGAGAAGAAACCAGUGGAGACGAAAUCAGUAGAGAAGAAACCAGAAGAGAUGAGUCCAGAAGAGCAGAGAUACAGAGAUAGAGAAUUAUUCCUGAAUCAGAUCCAAUAUCUGACCGAUCAGCUGGAGAGGAACCAGCUGAAGUGUGACGGCCUCGAGCAGCAGAGUAAGGACUUUACGUCUCAGUACAGUUCACUGGACAAAGACAAGAACGACAUCAUGGACUAUCUGAAACGCUCGUUGCUGGAGAAGGAGGACGAGGCGGACGAACUGUAUGAGAAGCUGGAGACUCAGCGACAGACUGCAGCCAAAGACAAAGAAGCUCUGCGGCUGGAGGACGAUCAGAUGAAACAAGAGCUUCAGGAGCGGAUAGAGGAACUCAGCGGGGAGAACAAGAGACUGGGGUCCAGCUUGGCCAGUCUGGAGGAGUUCAAGAGGCAAAGGGAGCAGCUGACAUCCAACAUGGAGUCUCUGGAGAGGCAGCUGGCCAGUCAGGAGGAGAAGCACACAGCCGACCUGCACAACCUGAAGAUGUCAGUACUGCUGGAGAAGAACAGGUUAGAGAAGGAGAUGGAGAACCGCGAGGGCAACAUGGGUGUAAACGUGCAGCGCCUGGUGGACCAGCAGCUUCCUGUGGAGACCAAACAGGCCUUCGAGGAGAACAGGGCGUUGCUGACUCGCUGCAGGCAUCUGUCAGAGCGAGCUGAGGCCCUGAUAAAGGAGAACGCUGCGCUGCAGGAACACAAGAGUAAACACAACGCAGACUCGAACAUCCUGGAGAAAAUGAACAAAGAUCUGUCCCGCAAGGUCUGCAUCGCCAAGAAGGUGGUGAAGCAGGUGUCAGCUCAGAGUGAGCAGCUGCAGGCGGAGCUGAGCACCUGCAAGCAGGAGCGGGCGGAGCUUCAGGCCGAGCUCCGACGGCUCGUGGACGCGAUGGCGGUGCUCAGGCAGUUCAAGGCCUCGGUGCCAGAACCCCCCAGGGAAGACAGCGCCGAGGUGACCGGGCUGAAGGCAGCGCUGCAGGAGGCGAAGAGGAGGAGCCGCCGGAUGAAGAGCGCCAUGCAGGAAGCAGUCGACACGCUCCGACAAACUCUGCCGGAGGCGCUGAUGGAGCAGAACCCUGAGCUCGGCCUCGACAGGUGGAACCAGCUGAUGCAGAAGCUGCUGGUCGUGUUGGACACCGGCACCAGCUCCUCUGCGGAGGACCUGACCUCUGACCCUGCAGCCACCAGGUCAUUAAAUCCCUUCAUCCGUUUCAUCGUGUACAACUACAGCAGCUUUUUGAUGCCCUGUGCAGCGCCUCUGGAUCCAGUUUCCAGUUUCCAGUUCCAGCUCGCUCGCUACCGACCCGGAGACCUCGGCCUCAUCCCGCCUCCGGCUCAGAAGCUCCUCCUCUCCAGGACCGGACCCGUCUCCUUCUCGUCUCUGCCCGGGAAAGCGUCCGGUCAGAAGACGUCCGGCUCCGUCAACAAACACAAAUGA